AUGUUCCUCGACCCAAUGCUGACGGUCCGCGCGCUCCAAGGCGUUCUGGCUCUGAUUGCCAUGGCGCUCGGAGCGACCGUCGCAAACGUGCUCAACACCCACGUGCCACUUGACAUCGACGUCCCAGCCGGGGUGGUCUUCUACAUCUUCGUCGCGGUCUUCACCCUCCUCAUCGCGGUUCCUUACACGAUCCUCACGCCCCGCUACUUCCCGGUCCUCGCCCACCCUUUCGCCAUGCUUGUCGCCGAAACCACAACCUGCGUCUUUUGGCUCGCCAGCUUUGCCGCGGUCGCGGAUCGAAUCCGGAAGGCCGACCUCUGCGGUGGGGAUGGCGCCUGCUCAUCUGCCACCGGCAGUAUCGUGGUCGGCGUUUUCGAGUUCAUUCUCUUCGGAAUAACCAGCUUCUUCGCCUUUUCCCAUCUCUUCCUGGGAGGCAGAUACGGCCUUGACAAGGCUGUAAGCAACAAGCCGCCGAUCCAGGUACAUCGAGCUUGGACCGGAGCCGAGCGGGUUUGA